AUGCUGCUUGGCGGUCGCACCGUAGUCAUCGUGUUCCUCCUCUGCAGCUCCCUCGUCCUCUUACGCCUCCGCCAUCACUCUGAUUCUCCACAUGUACAUGUGAAAGCCGGCGGCCAGACGAACCAAGGAGGAUGUUCGGGAAGGCUCGCACGGCUGAAUGACCUGGGCAUCAAAUUCCCUGUCAAAUAUGCUAGCCGCGACAUAAUCAUAAAAGCUAAUUCAGACCUCAACCGGACUUCUCUCACCCAGAUUGAUGCUCCCUUACUGUCAGACGUACAGAUGCUUGACCCCGUCAAAAAUCCUGAUGGGGAAUUGGAACAAUGCUCCCCUUCGCUGACAUUGGAGGUACCCGCUUUCCCAGGGCAACCUGCUAAUGCUUCUCAUAUCAUAUUCGGCAUUUCGACAUACAUCAAGCGCAUGGACGAUUCAAUACCACACCUUCAAAGAUCGCUAGCUUACACCAAUGCCCGGCUUAUCAUCUUGGCCGUAGAUUUUGGCGAGGUGACGCCAAGCCGCAAAGAAAUGGCAGUGCUGGAAACUCGCAUGCAUGGCCUUGGUAUAGACGCUACGGUCCUUGGAGCACCAAAGGAUAGCUCGAUGCAAACUCGAUACUUCUCUCUGGCCAAAAUCCUGUACGAACGAAGAGAUUCUAAAACUCAAUGGAUCUCCCUUUUGGAUGAUGAUACCUUUCUACCUUCAAUGCACUCAUUAGUCGACACACUUGGCACCUACGACUCGUCAAAGGAAUGGUAUCUCGGUGCCAUGUCGGAGGAUUGGUGGUCCGUCAUGGUCUACGGCAUGAUGUCUUUUGGUGGAGGGGGCACGUUUCUAUCAAUCCCACUAGCGGCUCAGAUCAACGCCAAUUAUGACACCUGCUUACAAGAAUCAACCGCGAACCAGGGAGAUAUCAGGGUUUUCCAGUGUAUUACGGCACAUACCACAACAAAACUUCAGCCUCUAACCGGACUCCACCAAACCGAUCUGGGUGGUGAUCUCUCCGGUUUCUAUGAAAGCGGCCGCUUGCCGCUCUCUCUACACCACUGGAAGACGGGAUGGCAUUUCGAGCAAAAGCCUGAACAGAGAGCGCUGAAUACGUACCCCAUGGCAAAGAUGCAUCUUGUGUCCGACGUCUGCGGUGACUGCUUCCUGCAACGAUGGCAGUUUGGCUCCGACACGAUUCUGAGCAAUGGAUUCUCGAUCUCGACAUACCCAAAUCAGAACUUCCUGGCUGAUCUUGUGAAGAACAAAGACAUGGACAAGAUAGAGGAUACAUUCAUGCCGACCCGGGAGGUCAAUUCAUUCAUGCAGGGCUAUGAGCAUUCUAUUGGCCCGCUGAGGCCCAGAGUCGAGGGGAAGAUCCAGUACAAGUUAUUAGAUGCCAAGGCGGAGGAUGGAGGUGUCAGGCAAUACUACAUCUACAAAGCUUUGGAUGAGGAGCCGGAUAUCCUAUAUGAGAUUUUCUGGACCAGGAACGAGACUCAUGUCUGA